AUGAAGGUAGAAGAAUUACCUAAUGGAUCGGAAGUGUUAGUUAGGACCCAAGAGGAUGAUCUCGAGGGCUUUUCUUUUCUGAAAAUUAUGGAUCGUAUAGAUCCCUUACCAGAAAACUUCGAGAAUUAUGAAAAUUUCAAAGAGGGCGUUUACUAUAUGUGCACACACGAUGGCAUAAGAAUUGGGUUCGUAUUGAAAUUUGUUAUAAAUGAAAUGAAAACUAUUUGUCUGGAAACCUUCGAAGAAACCUUCCAAUUAGAUGAAUUUAAUCAUGAGCUAAGGUUCAAAAGCAAAGAUUUUGAACACAGAAACAAUUUGAUUGAUCAAUUGGCUGAUAAGAUGUAUCUAGAAUCAUCGCUAACUGGUGUCAAAGGCUGGAGAAAUGAGAAAUACGCUAUUUGGGUAAACAGAGAACCUUACGUACUCAUUGAACGUGCAAUGGCAGGUGUUCUUGGUAUAAUCACCUAUGGAAUUCAUAUAAAUGGUUAUGUGCUGGACCCAAAGUCUAAGAAAAUUCAGUUUUGGGUGCCAAGAAGAUCUGCAACGAAGCAGACAUGGCCACUAAUGCUUGACAACAUUAUAGCUGGUGGGGUAGGCUAUCCUUAUGGUAUCUAUGAAACAGUUUUGAAAGAAAGCAUGGAGGAAGCCAAUCUAGAAAAGCAUAUUAUCGAGGAUAAUAUCAAAGCUGCUGGCGCAAUCUCUUAUCUUUACUUUACAGGCGAUAUAUCUGUAACGAAGUUCGAUAAGGAAUCAGAUUUUAUCGUUGGGGAAGUGCAAUAUGUCUACGACUUGCAACUCAACAAAGAUAUUGUUCCAAAACCAAAUGAUGGCGAAGUAGAGAACUUUAACUUAUUCAGCCUGCAGGAGACCAUCAAUGCCUUAAAAAACAAAGAAUUCAAACCCAAUUGUGCGUUGGUAACGGUAAGCUUCUUGGUUAGACACGGCUACAUUACACCCGAAAAUGAGCCCAACUAUCUUGAACUUAUAACUAGAAUGCACAGAAGACUGCCCUUCCCAACUUUAAAUUGA